UGUGGAAGAAGCGGUUGAUAUAAAAACAAAAAAAUAUGUAAAUAUGACUACAUCAAUAAUAUUUGCAUUAAUUGCUAUCAUUAAUGCUUUUAUCUAUAUAACAAAUGCCAGUCCACAGAAUGCAUACGCAUCGAGCAAGUUGAGAACCCAAACAGAACCUUAUAUGAAUAAUAAUGAUCGACAGCGGCAUCACGAAAUAAGGAAUUUCGCUAAUGGGAAUAAUAAACAAAACGUAAUAAAUGUGGACCAAACUAGAAACGGUUUUUCCGUGUCAAGUUAUGAAGCUAAUCGCAACAUUAGACCGACAUCAACUAACAACAAUGUUAUUUUAAAUACCCCGGCCAGAUCAAACAUCAAUUCUAAUGUAUGCAACGGAGUAGAAAAUAGAAAAACCGUUUCUUUCAAUAAUAACAGACAGGAGACACGGAGAACUCAAACACGGUUUUCCCCGAAUAACAUACUGUUUGGAGGAUCUUUUGAUAGACCUUUAAAAGAAGUACUUUAUAAUUCUAACAUUGGUACGGGCAGUAAUGAUAAUCAGGUCUUCGUCGAGGGUAGAAGAAUUAACAUUUACCCAAAACAAGCAGAUAAUCAUGGAAGAGAUGCAGGAGUUCCAACCGGCAACCCUCUAGUUGGCAAUACACAAUAUCUUUAUAAUAGUAGAAACGGUGAAGAGAGUAUAGUAAGACCACUCACUAAUCGAAUGGGUGGCGGAUCGUAUAACGUGGACAAUAGAGGCCAAAAUGGAAACAAUCCAAAUAAUUAUCACGCUCGGUCUGGAGUUCAAAACGUACCUGAUGAUACCAUUUCGAGUCUUUAUGACAGUACAAGAUUCGUUGAUAACUAUGGCCGUGGUGAAAAUAAUAGAAAUAUUAUAAGAAUAGAGACUUCUUAAUCGUUAUAUUUUAUAUAUAAAAUGUUACAUUAUUAUUACAUGUUCUUUGUUUUGUUUUAAAAAAUGCUUAAAAAUACACAGAUUUUUUGUUUGUGUGUUUAUAAGAUUCGAAAUAAUCAAUAAACUAAUUUCUUCAA